UAAAUUUUCAUUGUUUCAGCCAAAGUAAACAAACCUAUGCUCAGUGUUGAGAUUAGUCAAAAACUCAAGAUCUGGAUUUACUAUGUUAUAACUUAUAUGUAUAUAUAUUAAAAUUAAUACAGUAAACAAAUUAUUCAGUGAAACAGACUACAGAUUGAGAUUUCAAAUCACUUAUACGAGAAGUGAAUCUCCGUACACUGUGUGCUGUGGUGUAGUGUAGCAUGUUAAUAUUAUAAAGAUUAUAAUUCAUAGUUUCGAAAUUUGAGUACCAUUACUGUUAAUGAAAACUAAAUAACAUUUCAUGAAGUUUAGCUUAGGAGUAGGAGAUUCAGGCUCUUCCUCACUUUCCUUUUCUCAUUAGAAGACUGAUUUUUCAGAAAACACAGACUCACUUUGAAGUCAAGCAGUUGAAGUGAAACAUGCUUAUUCAUAUAUUCGGCCUCCACUUCUGCCCCCAAACCUUAGAUUAUGUACUGUAUGCAUUAACAUGCUAAUUCUUUUUGAGGAACUUUCAUUAAAGAUGAAGCACGUGCUUUGGACCUUGUGUAUAUGUUUUAUUGUGUUUACUGAAGUGAAAUCGAUCUCAGAGUUAGAAGAGUUUAGACAAAAUGCCACAGCGGUAAUUAAACAAUACAUUGGAACAUUCUCUGAUGUAAUAGGAACAGACUUGUGGAUCUGGGUUGGGAUUGCUGCUGGUGGAACAUUUAUUCUUUGUCUGAUACUAUGGGCUGUCUGCAGUUGCUGUUAUUGCUUAUGUAGUGGUGGGGCUAAAAAGAGGAGGUCAAAUAACCGAGCUCCAUGAUGACAGGAUGGAGGCCUUCACAGUCUUUAGGAAGGGAGAGGACUCCAGCAAGAUGUUUAUUUGUAUUCUCAAAAAUU